AUGGCGAACAUGUUCGACGAGAACUUCUCCUUCGAGUCCCCGCGGUCACCGUCGACAACAUCAAGCUCAGCGACACGAGAGUCGUCUCGUUCCGUCUCGCCUUGCUCCGCUGCAUCGCCGUUCCCUCCACCCAGGCUAUCGGUCACCGAUCUCGCCGUGCAGUUUGCUGGACAGCGAUUACGGAAGGAAGCAACAAUUUGCUACGAACCCUGCGACGCUUACGCGAACACCGACGGAGAUGAAGAUGGCUGGGCCAUCCCCUCACUCGAAGACAGCGAUGGGAGCCGUCUGCUCUCACGAUCGAGGACGUAUCCACGACGAGCACAAUCACCUUCGCGACGAAUGCAACGACAAGUCAACACGCGCCUGCUCUGCUCAACUUCCCACCAUCGAGACAUCGCCGCGCUGGUAUCAAGGAUGGUUGAGUCGAGCGAUCAGUGCUCGAUAGCACCUCCCGGCUCAUUGACACCGACACAUGAGGAUGAAGGCUACAGCAGCGACAAUGACGAGCAGAUGUCCGGGUUGUCUGCUUCGCGACGGCCGAGCUUGGCUAUGUCGAAGAGUCGAUCGGAUCUGAGAAGGGGAAGUCGGGCGAGUGUGAGUAAGGAUGUGAGGUUUCGAAAGAACGAGAAGUGCAGGCGGAUACGCAGUUCGGAGGGCAAGCAGUGA